AUGAAGCUGCUAGUAUUCCUCGCCUUAAUUGGGCUCUCUGAGUGCCUUGUCAAGCUCCAUCUGCAGAAAGGCAAGACAGUGAGAGAAAUCCUUAAGGAAAAGGGCCUUCUGGAUGACUUCCUGAGGAAACAUCCCUAUAACCCACUGUCCAAAUUUCAGGGCUAUGGCGUGGUUUCAAAUGAACCUAUGACCAACUAUUUGGAUAUGUCUUAUUUUGGAACCAUCUCCAUUGGAACCCCACCUCAGAGUUUCACAGUUAUCUUUGAUACUGGAUCUGCUAACCUGUGGGUUCCCUCUGUUUACUGCAACAGCCAGGCCUGCAGUAAUCACAACAAAUUCAACCCAAGUCAAUCCCAAACCUAUCAGGCUACCAGCACUUCUGUCUCUAUCCAGUAUGGCACUGGAAGCAUGACUGGCUUUUUGGCCUAUGACACUGUAGAUGUUGCAGGCAUUAAUGUGGCUAACCAAAUCUUCGGCUUGAGCACCUCUGAGCCUGGCUCCUUCCUCUAUUAUGCUCAGUUUGAUGGCAUUUUGGGACUGGCUUACCCCUCAAUCUCCUCUUCAAGUGCCACACCUGUCUUUGACAACAUGAUGAGCCAGAAUCUGGUGAACCAGGACCUGUUCUCUUUCUACCUCUCUCCUGAUGGUCAGUCUGGCAGCGUAGUGACCUUUGGUGGUGUCGAUCCAAAUUACUACAGUGGCAGCAUCAACUGGGUGCCCCUCACAUCUGAGUCCUACUGGCAAAUCCAGGUUGACUACAUUCAGGUGAAUGGACAAACAGUUGCCUGCUCUCAGGGAUGCCAAGCCAUUGUUGACACUGGAACGUCACUCCUGUCUGGACCCCCGACUCCAAUCUCUAACAUUCAAAAUGCAAUUGGCAUCUCGUACAACGUCAACUGCCAGAAUAUUCCCAACCUGCCUGAGGUUAUCAUUGGAAUCAAUGGAGUCCAGUAUCCUCUGCCUGCUUCUGCAUACAUUAUCCAGAGUGAUGGUGGCCAAGAGUGCACCAGCGGUUUCCAGUCCAUGGAUAUUCCAACAUCCUCUGGAGAACUUUGGAUCCUGGGUGACGUCUUCAUCAGAGUCUAUUACUCUAUUUUUGACAGAGCAAAUAACAUGGUUGGCCUGGCUCAAGCAGUUUAAAUUAAUCAACACUUACCUAUAACACACCAUGGAGCUUCUU